AAGGAAGGGAGGGAGGGAAAAAGAGAAAAGAAAAACAACGCCGGCGCUGAUUCUGCUGAUGCUGCAGUGUCCAGUCCUCCCACUUCUCCCUCCAUCACAUCCAUCCCUCCACCUUUGCUCCAUCACUCCCCUCCAUCUGUGCUCCUCCUUUCUCCAGCAUGGUCCUCAUUGAAAACUGUCAGUGCGGGUUUUUGCUGCUGAGCCGCGGUUCCUCCUCCUCCACCACCUCCUCCUCCUCCUCCUCCUCCUCGACGCUGAAAACCUACACCAAGAGGAUACGGAUGUUGACCAAGACAACAUAGUCUAUUAAUAUUUCAGAGAUACUGUAAAGGGAUAUCAGUAUUAAAGCCACGCUGUGGUGCAGGUGGACAUCGAGGACAGCAAGGACAUCUGCUCCAACUCAGCACAGGUGACGGAUGAAGCAUCGACAGAAGGCGUUCAGUGAGGAGACGAUGACGACGAUGAUGAUAAUCCGCAGAUCCCGGUCUCACUAGGAGCUCCUGCCCUCCGACCUGCCCCACUCCACCUCCUCCUCUUGCUCCUCAGACCACUUCCUCUUCCUGUCCUACACACACCAGGAAGGAUGACUGUGGUGUCCACAGAAAACAUGGACGAGACCUCCACCCUCCCAGGUCACCCGCAGGACCCCUACCCCCCUGACGACGACCACGAUGACCACGACUGCUGCGAGCGAGUGGUCAUCAACAUCUCCGGGCUUCGCUUUGAAACCCAACUCAAAACCCUUGCCCAGUUCCCUGAAACCCUCCUCGGGAACCCCAAGAAGAGAAUGCGGUACUUUGACCCCCUACGAAAUGAGUAUUUCUUUGACCGCAACCGGCCGAGCUUCGACGCCAUCUUGUAUUAUUACCAAUCCGGGGGAAGGCUGCGGAGACCGGUGAACGUGCCUCUGGAUAUGUUCUCAGAGGAGAUUAAAUUCUAUGAACUCGGUGCAGAAGCAAUGGAGAAGUUUCGAGAGGAUGAGGGGUUUAUCCGGGAAGAAGAGCGGCCGCUGCCAGAGAAGGAGUUCCAGCGGCAGAUCUGGCUCCUCUUUGAACAUCCGGAGAGUUCUGGACCUGCCCGGGGGAUCGCCAUUGUCUCUGUGAUGGUUAUUCUCAUUUCAAUAGUCAUAUUCUGUUUGGAGACUCUUCCGGAGCUGAAGGAGGAUCCCAAUGACCGGAUGCGGAUUGUGGGGAACACGACUAUAUAUUACAAGCCAAAUGUCCUCACUGACCCUUUCUUCGUGGUGGAGACACUGUGCAUCAUCUGGUUUUCCUUCGAGUUGAUAGUGCGGUUUUUCGCCUGCCCCAGCAAAGCAGCCUUCUUUAAAAACAUGAUGAACACUAUCGAUAUCGUGGCUAUAAUUCCGUACUUCAUCACACUCGGCACAGAGCUGGCUGACGACCAAGACACGGCAACAAGUGCGGGCAAAGGAGGAGGAGAGCAGGCCACUUCUCUGGCUAUUCUCAGGGUAAUCCGUCUGGUGAGAGUGUUCCGGAUCUUUAAAUUGUCCCGACACUCAAAGGGGCUUCAGAUUCUCGGACAAACUCUGAAGGCGAGCAUGCGGGAGCUCGGCUUGCUCAUUUUCUUCCUCUUUAUUGGUGUGAUUUUGUUCUCCAGCGCUGUCUACUUUGCUGAGGCCGAGGAGAAGGAGUCAUUUUUCACCAGUAUCCCGGAUGCGUUCUGGUGGGCUGUGGUCUCCAUGACAACUGUUGGCUAUGGGGACAUGUACCCUGUGACCAUUGGAGGGAAGAUCGUGGGCUCACUGUGCGCCAUUGCUGGCGUGCUAACCAUCGCACUACCGGUGCCCGUCAUCGUGUCCAACUUCAACUACUUCUACCACCGGGAGACGGAGGGCGAGGAGCAGGCCUUGUUGCUCAAUGUCAGCCACCAGAACCUGGCGUCGGACACCAACUCCAGCCGCCGGAGCUCCUCGGUGAUCAGCAAGUCGGAGUACAUGGAGAUCGAUGAGGACUUGAAAAAUAGCAUUGAUAACUUUAGGGAAGCAAACCUUAGAACUGCCAACUGCAUGGCGCCGAGCCAGAACUGUGUGAACAAGGGGAAAAAGCUCACCGAAGUGUGAGGCAGCGUCCGACGCACCAGUGUAAAUAUUGUAGAAAUAUCUGGAUGCUUUACCUCCAUUGGUGCAUUUUAUUGUCUUUUUUUGCAUAGACACAUUCAAUCAUGAUGACUUUGUAAGAGGAUCGUUAGAUUAGUUUGGCAGUUGGGCAAAAAUUGGCAGGUGUCAGGGGAGCGUUUUUGAUAAAUUACUCAUUUUGAGUUACAGAAUCGAGUCCAUAAUAUAUAAAAGGAACCACUAAGGUUGGGUACUGAACUCACUACCUUUAAUGGUACCAGCUGACUUACAGAUAUCAAUUCACAUAAAAUCAGUGCCAAAUUUCGGUACCUGAAGACGCAUCCAAGUAAGAGAGUGGCUCACAUAUGCUAGCCUGCUUAUUUCAAUGGGUCUAAAUAAAUGUUCUCAGCUUUGAAGUUGAGUUGUAUGGGCUUAAUGUUUCACACAUUAAGGGUGUGUUCACACCGGCCUUUUUUUAGUGUGGUUAAAUAAAACCCUAGUGGGUUAACUACGAUUGGUUUGGGUCAGUGUGAAUGCUCUUGGACCACUUGGGAAUGAACUCCAUCCAAUCUGUAGUACUUCAGAUGUCCCCAUCUCUGUUUGGAAAUGAGCACUGCGUCCAUUGUCCGUGUCUGGCAGGGCCCACCUCUUCCUCCUCCUCAGGCAAAACUAGCAGACAAAAGCUGAGCAUUGUCACCCCAAAAAAAGUGCCACAGAACACUGUUUCUCAGCCGCGGGCAGUGCCUGCAGUGAGUCGGUGCUCUGGGAUGACGAUGCUAGCUAGGCUAAAUGAGCAAUCUUACUUGCGGAGGAGGAGUUAGAGAUGGGGCCUCUAGACCCACGGUGGUGUAAGUCGUCUUACGUCGCUCUCUCAGAUCCUCAAUGGAGAACCUGCCGGGCUUUAGGGGGCGCUGUCUUUUGGCAUUUCAUAUUUGCCUUUGUGAACGCAAAGAUAUUAAAACGAUGCAGCACAUUUCCAUCAGGUGUGGGCCAACUUAGCCGACUGUUAGGUGUGAACACGCCCUAAACUGCACAGUUGUUAUAUCGGAGAGUAUGGUACAGUCGGGCAAUGGUACUGAUUUGAAUGUGAACCCAUACCCAACCUUAGAAACCGCACAUUUUGCACAUAAAGGUCAGCUUGUUAUUUUCAGUGUGUACCAGGCCAGAAAGUCUUAAAAAUAUAAUAACCCGAUCAUCACAUAACCCUAACUUAGUACAGGGUAUUCUUGUCUAUGAUGGGCAUGAACUUAGUUAAAGGUUAGGGUGUUAGGGUUAUGUUACGUUAAAAAUGAACAAAACAAAACAUAAGGACAACAUUCAGACGAGAUAAUGCACAUUUGUUUGUACCAAAAUAGAGAUAAGCUUGUCCAAUACUGGACUUGACACCAAUAUAAUGACAGAAACAGCUCAUGUUUAAAAGGUAAAAAUACUAUAAUGGACUGAAAAAGUGUUAUCCAGCCACCCGAGGUACAAAAUCUCUCCAGAAGAAAUUGCUUUAAAUCUGAUAUAGAGACAUUAAAAUUGUAAAUAUAGUCAUAUUAAAUAUUCAUAAACAUCGCUAAAGACAGAAAAACUGAAACAGACGAAGAACAGGAACACAGAUGUUGUCAUUUUUACGUCUCGAUUGUAGAAGAUGCAGGAGUUGGACGAAGAGACUUUGUGUUAUUUUUAGGCCACAGAUUAUGAAGAAUUUAUCAAAAAAAAACAAAAAAACACCACCACCUCCUUCACUCACACCUUCCAGGCUUUGCACCGCAAACUCAAACGUUCAGGAUCCACAAAAAAAAAAAAAGAAAGAAAAAGAGAAAAA